UGCAAAUUGGGAAAGGGGGAUGAGCUGGGCUGGCUUCCAUCGGGGUAGCGAUUUUACCUCGGGUUUGUGGGAGAUGGGCCUCUGGCGGGGAGGCCGGCGUUAGUGAAGCGCGCCCGGCGCCAAGAUUUUCUGCUGUCGAGCUACAUCCCCUGGCCUUAAUACAGCCUCUCAGAGUGUUUUCCAAUUCCUCCUCUGAUCCAGUCAAACUUGUUUUUAGUGACGUUCAGAGCAGAACUACUUUUAAUGAAGUAUACUAUCCAUUGUGAAAGUGGAAAAGUAAAGAUUAUUCAGCAUGCCUGCCGUGGCUUCAGUUCCUAAAGAACUCUACCUCAGUUCUUCACUAAAAGACCUCAAUAAGAAGACAGAAGUUAAACCAGAGAAAAUAAGCACUAAGAAUUACGUACAGAGUGCCCUGAAGAUCUUCAAGACCGCAGAAGAAAGCAGAUUAGAUCGUGAUGAGGAAAGGGCCUAUGUGUUAUAUAUGAAAUAUGUGACUGUUUAUAAUCUUAUCAAAAAAAGGCCUGAUUUCAAGCAACAGCAGGAAUAUUUUCAUUCAGUACUUGGACCUGCAAACAUCAAAAAAGCUAUUGAAGAAGCUGAGAGACUCUCUGAAAGCCUUAAACUCAGAUAUGAAGAAGCUGAAGUUCGGAAAAAACUUGAAGAAAAGGACAGACAGGAGAAAGAGCAGCUGCAGAAACAGAAGAGGCAAGAAGCAGGAAGAGAGGAUGGUGGCACAUCAGCUAAAAGUUCUUUGGAAAAUGUAUUGGAUGCCAAAGACAAAACCCAAAAGGUAAAUGGUGAAAAGAGUGAAAAAAAUGAGACCACAGAGAAAGGAACAAUCACAGCAAAGGAACUAUACAAAAUGAAGAUGGAUAAAAACAUCAGCUUGAUUAUAAUGGAUGCUCGAAGAAUGCAGGAUUAUCUGGAUUCCCAUAUUUCAGAUUCUCUCAGUGUUCCUGAAGAAGCCAUCAGUCCAGGAGUCACUGCUAGUUGGAUUGAAGCAAACCUCCCAGAUGAUUCUAAAGACACAUGGAAGAAGAGGGGGAAUGUGGAUUAUGUGGUACUUCUUGACUGGUUUAGUUCUGCAAAAGACUUACAACUUGGAACAACUCUACGGAGCCUGAAAGAUGCACUUUUCAAGUGGGAAAGUAAAACUAUCCUGCGCAAUGAGCCUUUGGUUUUAGAAGGAGGCUAUGAAAAUUGGCUCCUUUGUUAUCCACAGUAUACAACAAAUGCUAAAGUCACUCCACCCCCACGAGGCAAGAAUGAAGAGGUGUCUGUCUCAUUGAAUUUUACUUACCCCUCACUGGAAGAAUCAGUUCCUUCUAAACCUACUGCUCAGAUGAUACCUCCUAUAGAAGUCAAUGAAAAUACAGAAUUGAUAAACAGUCAAGAUGAGGGACCAGGACCACUGAAUAUAGCAACUCCAGUUGAACCAAUUGCUGCUUCUAAAUCUGAUGUUUCACCCAUAAUUCAGCCAGUGCCUAUUAUAAAGAAUGUUCCACAGAUUGAUCGUACUAAAAAACCGGCAGUCAAAUUGCUUGACGAUCAUAGAAUAAAAUCUGAAAGUACAGAUCAUGAGCCACAGUCUCCUCAGGAUGGAAAAGUUGUUCCUGAUCGGUCCACAAAACCGGUGUUUCCCCCUCCAACUGCCAUGCUAACAGAUGAAGAAAAAGCUCGUAUUCAUGCAGAAACUGCUCUUCUAAUGGAGAAAAACAAACAAGAAAAAGAACUUAGAGAAAGGCAGCAAGAGGAACAGAAAGAGAAGCUAAGGAGAGAAGAACAAGAACAAAAAGACAGAAAGAAACAAGAAGCUGAAGAAAAUGAAAUCACAGAGAAGCAACAAAAAGCAAGAGAACAAAUGGAAAAGAAGGAAAGUGAACAGGCCAAGAAAGAAGAUAAGGAAACCUCAGCAAAGAGGGGCAGAGAAAUAACAGGAGUAAAAAGACAAAGUAAAAGUGAACAUGAAACUACUGAUGCCAAGAAAUCUGUGGAAGAUAGGGGGGAAAGGUGUCCAACCCCAGAAGUACAGAAAAAGUCAAUGGGAGAUGUGCCCCAUGCCUCUGUGGCAGGAGAUUCGAGUUCAGGCAAGUCUCGUGAGCCUUUGACAAGAGCACGAAGUGAAGAAAUGGGCAGGAUUGUACCAGGACUGCCUUCAGGCUGGGCCAAGUUUCUUGACCCUAUCACUGGAACUUUUCGUUACUAUCAUUCGCCCACCAACACUGUUCAUAUGUAUCCACCGGAAAUGGCUCCUUCAUCUGCACCUCCUUCCACCCCUCCAACUCAUAAAGCCAAGCCACAGAUUCCUGCUGAGCGGGAUAGAGAACCAUCCAAACUGAAGCGCUCCUACUCCUCCCCGGAUAUAACCCAGGCCAUUCAAGAGGAAGAGAAGAGGAGGCCAACAGUAACUCCAACAGUUAAUCGGGAAAACAAGCCAACAAGCUACCCUAAAGCUGAGAUCACGAGGCUUUCUGCUUCUCAAAUUCGGAACCUUAAUCCUGUUUUUGGGGGAUCUGGACCAGCUCUCACUGGACUUCGUAAUUUAGGAAAUACUUGUUACAUGAACUCAAUACUGCAGUGCCUGUGUAAUACUCCACAUUUGGCUGAUUAUUUCAAUCGCAACUGUUACCAGGAUGAUAUUAAUAGGUCAAAUUUGUUGGGCCAUAAAGGUGAAGUGGCAGAAGAAUUUGGCAUAAUCAUGAAAGCCUUGUGGACAGGACAGUACAGGUAUAUCAGUCCGAAAGACUUUAAGAUCACCAUUGGGAAGAUCAAUGACCAAUUUGCAGGAUACAGCCAGCAAGAUUCACAAGAACUGCUUCUGUUCCUAAUGGAUGGUCUCCAUGAAGAUCUUAAUAAAGCUGAUAAUCGGAAGAGACAUAAAGAAGAAAAUAAUGAUCAUCUCGAUGACUUUAAAGCUGCAGAACAUGCUUGGCAGAAACACAAGCAGCUCAAUGAAUCUAUCAUUGUUGCACUUUUUCAGGGUCAGUUCAAAUCCACAGUACAGUGUCUCACCUGUCACAAAAAGUCUAGGACAUUUGAGGCCUUCAUGUAUUUGUCUCUACCACUAGCGUCUACAAGUAAAUGUACAUUACAGGAUUGCCUUAGAUUAUUUUCCAAAGAAGAAAAACUCACAGAUAACAACAGGUUUUACUGCAGUCAUUGCAGAGCUCGACGGGAUUCACUAAAAAAGAUAGAAAUCUGGAAGUUGCCACCUGUGCUUUUAGUGCAUCUGAAACGUUUUUCCUACGAUGGCAGGUGGAAGCAAAAAUUACAGACAUCUGUGGACUUCCCAUUAGAAAACCUUGAUUUGUCGCAGUAUGUUAUUGGUCCAAAGAAUAAUUUGAAGAAAUACAACUUGUUUUCUGUUUCGCAGGCACUAUCCAUAUACUCUCCUUCUGCUUCACUCCAGCCAGUGGGCACCAUCUUCACACUCUGCCUCUGCCAAUUCUCCAGAGAAUCAGGAUCUCCAAGAGGGGAGGUUUUACACGUGUCUGGUGCCCUGGUUUUUGCGGAUGCUGCCCAGGGGAUGCCCCUUGAUCUCCUAGCUCUGGUGGCUGGGGGUGGGGUUGGGUGGGGCAUGUGUCCUUGGGUCCCAUGGGACUGUAACAAUUGAGAGAGAGUUUAUGGCAGACUACCACCCCCAGGGCACUGCAGAGAUAGCAGACUGAAACAUACCCCCAGUCCUUUUAUGAAAGAGGCCUAUUUGUCCUGAGCUUCAACACGAGGGACAUGAUUCUUGGUUUGGAACACAAAUGAGGCCAGUGCAGGUGCUCUCAGGGAACAUAGACUGGUGGAUGUCACUACUAUGCUGCCUUGCUCCAGCUCACCAAUAUUCCCCAGAAAGGAGCUUACACUUUUGUCUGGCACCCUGAUUUUUUCAGUUGCCACUAGGAGACACCUCUACAUUACCUGGCUCUGGUGGCCAGUGGAUCUCAUGCCUGUGGGUCCCAUAGGACAUUUGGUUAUUCAUAUGGAAAAGCAAAAUUGAAUCCCUACCAAAUACUGCAUUUUUAUAAAAACUGUAAACAAAAAAUUUUAAACUUUUGGAAGAUAUACGAAAAUCUCUUUGUAACUGUGGGAUGGGAAAGAUUUCUUAAAUGAGACACAAAAAAGAACUAGAAAAGAUUGAUAUUAACGUUCAACUAAAUUAAAAUUAAAACUUCUGUUUGUUAGGAGUUACUACGAGAUAUAAAAACCAAAUGAAGUUUGUGAAUUUUGAAUGGAUUCUCAUUCAUCUUAAAAAACAAACAAACAAAAAACAGUUAAAUAAAAAACACUGGACCAACUGGGGACAUUUGAAAAUGGAUUUAUGAAUAUAAGUGAUGGAAUUUUUAAUCUCUUUACAUAUAAUACUGGUAAUUGUGUAUAUAUAGGAGAAAGUGGUUAGGAGAUGCAUGCUGAUUUACUUAUGGAUGAAAUGUCACAAUAUAUACAACUAACAUUCAAAUAAUUUAGCAUAAAGUUAUAUAUAAAUAAAAGUAAAUAUAUAUAUAUAUGUAGAGAAAGAGUGAGAGGAAGAAAAAGUGCAAAUAUAUUAAAAUGUAUACAUUGGCAAAAUAUUAAUUGUUGCAGCUAGGUGAAGUAUAUACCAAUGUUCUUAAUACAGUUUUUUCAGAUUUUCUGAAUGUUUCCAAAUUUUUAUUUAAAAACUUGGGAGAAAGCAUAUGAGAAGGUGCUCAACAUCAUUAUUCUAAGGAAAUGCAACUUAAAACCAUGAGAUACCACUUUACACUCAGUUAUAUGGCUAAAAUUAAAAAGAAAAUAACAAGUGUUGGCAAGAAUAUGGGACAUUGGAACCUCAUACACUGCUGGUGUAAAAUGGUGCAUUCAUUGUGGAAAACAGAUUGGCAGUUCCUUAAAAAGUUAAAACAGAGUUACCAAGUGACCCAGUAAUUUCACUCUUAGGUAUAUACCCAGGAGAAAUGAAGACAUGUCCACAGAAAAAUCUGUUCACAAAUGUUUACAGCAGCAUUAUUGACAAUAGCCAAAAAGUAGAAACAACCCAAAUGUCUCUUGACAGAUGAGUGGAUAAAUGAAAUGUGAUUUAUCCAUACAAUGGAAUAUUAUUUGGCAAUAAAAGGAAUGAAGUACAGGUAAUGCUACAAUAUGGAUGACCCUUGAAAACAUGUUGAGUAAAAGAAGACAUUCGCAAAAGGCCACAUAUUGUAUUAUUCCAUUUAUGCAAAGUGUCUAGAGUAGGUAAAUCCACAGAAACAAAGUAGAUUAGUGGUUGCCAGGGGCUGGCAGGAGAAGAAAUGGGUUAUAAGGUUGCUUUUGGGAAUGAUGACAAUGUUUUAAAACUGGAUCACAGUGAUGACUGCACAGCUUUGA